GACUGCUUUGCCCCAAAGGAGGAUAUAGCGCGUGCGUUCUUCUCAGUCGGACACCAGUACAACAUUGAAAAGGAACUACCGCCUCAAGUGCCCAGUACAUGAGUCUAAAAAGCCAAGUCUCAAUGCCAUCUCGUUCCUAACGAAGACCACAGGCUCAGCUGGAGCGACAAUGACCAUCCAUGUUGAGGGACUGGUAGCGAUCGCUAUCUUUUAUCUACUUAUUCUCGUUGUGGGAAUCUGGGCGGCAUGGAAGAACAAACACUCAGGAGAGGCGGAAGGGACCGACCGGAGUGAAACUAUUAUGGUUGGCGGCCGGGACAUCGGAUUGUUUGUUGGUGGAUUUACCAUGACUGCAACUUGGGUAGGAGGCGGUUACAUCAAUGGCACCGCUGAAUACGUGUACCUGCCAGGUUAUGGCUUGGCAUGGGCACAAGCCCCUUUUGGAUACGCCCUGAGUCUAGUCGUAGGUGGCCUGUUUUUCGCCAAACCCAUGCGUUCCAGAGGAUAUGUCACCAUGCUCGACCCCUUUCAGCAGAUUUAUGGAAAGAGAAUGGGGGGGCUGCUUUUCAUACCGGCACUGAUGGGAGAGAUAUUCUGGUCGGCAGCCAUCCUGUCUGCUCUGGGAGCCACCUUGAGCGUCAUCGUCGACAUCAACAUCAAAAUGUCAGUGGUGAUCUCCGCCCUCAUCGCCAUCUUCUACACCCUGGUAGGGGGGCUGUACUCGGUGGCCUACACUGACGUGGUGCAGCUCUUCUGUAUCUUCCUGGGUCUGUGGAUUAGUGUUCCGUUCGCCCUGACCAAUCCCGCGGUGUCCGACAUUGGCAUUACUGCGGUGACACAGAUCUACCAAGCACCAUGGAGAGGCAGUGUGGCUAAAGAGGACACCUGGGUCUGGAUUGACAACUUCUGCCUGCUGAUGUUGGGGGGGAUUCCCUGGCAGGUGUAUUUUCAACGGGUUCUUUCUGCCUCUUCAGCUACCUACGCCCAGGUGCUCUCCUUCCUGGCCGCCUUUGGCUGCCUCGUAAUGGCCGUGCCCUCCGUUCUCAUAGGGGCUAUAGGGGCCUCCACAGACUGGAACCAAACAUCCUACGGCCCUGUGUCUCCCAAAGAGAAAGACGAGGCUGACAUGAUACUCCCCAUAGUGCUUCAGCACUUGUGCCCGCCAUUUGUCUCCUUCUUUGGUCUGGGGGCAGUGUCGGCUGCUGUGAUGUCAUCAGCCGACUCCUCCAUUUUAUCAGCUAGCUCCAUGUUCGCCCGGAACAUUUACCAGAUGGCUUUCCGUCAAUCGGCAUCAGACAAAGAGAUUGUGUGGGUCAUGAGGAUCACCAUCUUCGUGUUUGGCGGGCUGGCCACCGUCAUGGCGCUGCUUACGGGGACUGUGUACGGCCUGUGGUACCUGAGUUCCGACCUGGUCUACGUCAUCAUCUUCCCCCAGCUGCUCAGCGUGCUCUUUGUCAAGGGCACAAACACCUACGGCUCGGUGGCGGCCUAUCUGUUUGGCAUGGUGCUGCGUAUCGGUGGGGGCGAGCCCUACCUCCGGCUUCCCCCUUUCAUCUACUACCCAGGCUGGGUCGUCGAGGAACGCGUGCACCACUUGACCGGGCUGGUGGAGAAAGUGGUGGUCCAGAAGUUUCCGUACAAGACGGUAUCCAUGGUGGCUUCGUUUCUUGGCAACGUGGCGUUCUCCCACCUGGCCAAGUAUCUCUUUGAGAGCGGCAAGCUGUCGCACAAGUACGACUUCCUGGACGCCGUGGUGUCCAAGGACAGCGGGGAGAUCAUGGACAAGACCACGCUGGUCACCCGCUCCAACAACAUCGUGCUGUCAGAGCUGGCGUCCGUCAAGCCCCGCCUCAGCGUCACACUGGCCUCAACGUUCACCCGGAGGGACACGCUCCCGACCGCCAUAGAGGACGAGGAGGACUCCAGCCCCGACUCCCCCGACCACAAACUCGACUAACGGCACCUAGUGAGAACCACACCUCCUAUUCAACCCUCAAGCACUGGUGAUACAAGGAUAACAAGUCUAUCUUCCCGCACCAAAAGUAUGACAUACCAGAAGAUAUACGUGUAGAGAUUUCUUUGUUUGAACUCUGUGUUAGAUUUUGACUCUCCCUAAUUCAUGUCAAAGGGAUUAUUUGGACAUGAUUUAAGAUCUGGAAAGUAAUGGGAUAGAGGGAUGGGGAGGUGGAACAGGAGCGCUGUAGUGCAAUGGACAAAAGAAAAGAGUCCUACUGAAGUCACAACAGGAGAGAGAGAGAGGCGAUGUGAGAACAAGAGAGAGCGAGAAGAUUUGCUCAUUGGUAUGUAUGACCUGAGUGUUUUUCUCUGAUUGGCCUGAUUGGUCAAGAUACAACAGUUAAAACAAAAGCAAUAACAAAAGUUUCCCAGAGUAGGUGUUGUGACUUUAUAGUAAUGGUUUGAGACAGAAAAUGGGAUAAAAACAAAAAGCUGAAUGAUUCAGAAUGGCAAAUGGAACGAGCAACAAGUGUUAAGAUAAACGUGAAAAGAGCCUACAUUCUGAUGAUCAAGUGUCAUUUUAUGUGCUGUAUGUAACAGUUAGGUGUAGUCUAAUUCUCCACACAUUUACAAAUUACGUGAUAACAUUCAGUUUUUUGUUCUUUGAAUUGCAAGUGAAUAUAAAUAGAGCUACCGGUAUUAUAAAAGAGGAGAAAAAAAGUGCUCAUAAGAUCAGGUGGAACAUUGAUUGAUAAUCUUGUUCUUAGGGAUGAGAUAAAUGACGUGGCACUUUGUUGUGUUUGAUCCUUACAUCUGUUACUGGUUCUGGAUGUUGAACACACUCCUCUCAAUGUAAACAUGCUGUAUAUUAUAUAUCAAGCUAACUAAAAGAUUUAAUGCGUCACAACAAAAUCUUUCCCCAAAACAGUCCUCCAUAUACUGUUCCAUAAUGAGUAGAGCUUAUACAAUUAGUAACAAUAGUCUACUUAAAGCCCUGUGAAGCACUGUACUUGCUGAUUGAAAAUUAUUUUGUGUCAGGUACAUUAUAGAUACAAGUUCCUUUUUCGUAGUCAAUAUAAAUCAAAUCAAGCAGCAGGAAACAUUUUAAAAGAUUAAUCUACGUAUCGCCUUAAUGAAGCUGGCAGGGUGUGGUUUUGUCGACAGUGUCCACUGUGCAGUUGCUACCGUGGUGAAGGUCUUUCCAAGGCCAGACAGAGAAUAAACUUGAAUAUGAAUGUAAAAUCUCCACUGAUGAUUCUACAAAUCCUUCACCCAGAUGUAGUUGACGUGUACAUACGUGUGUUUUAUUUGUAAUUUGCAAAAUUUAACAGUUAGUGUUGCAGCAAAAUAGUAGGGCAGAUUUCAAUUUAGAAUAUCUAAUAUAUAUUUGUUGUCAACAGCAAUGUACAGUUUUUUGUGUGUGACAAUGUGUAUAUUUAUAAACAUAUGGACAAAUAUAGUUUAUUCAAAUAAAGGUGGUACGAUGAAGAUCAUUCACAUUAGACAGGUGGGAGAUUACAAAAUUUUUAUUUAUUUUUUGAUGUCAUAAAAGA